AUGACGUCACACCAGAACAACCAGUUGAUAGUGCUCCAGUUGCACAUGUAUGUGCGCUGGUUCGAUGCCCGGCUCAUUGAGGACAGAGACACCGAGCCGAGGACACACGCUGCUGCCGCUGAGCCUCAGACCCGCUGCAUCGGGACGGUCCCCUGCUGUGAGACCCCCGGAGACCCCCGGUCCCCUGCUGUGAGACCCCCGGUAGACCCGGUCCUCUCCGUCCGUCCGUCUGUCCCCCGGGACACCGAUGCGAGGAGACAUCUGUCCCUCAGCCGCAGCAUGGAGCCGCCGGAGCACCGGUCCGAGGAGGAGGACACGGAGUUCGAGGACGAGGAGGUGGACCCCAGAAUCCAGGGCGAGCUGGAGAAACUCAACCAGUCCACUGACGACAUCAACCGAUGCGAGACGGAGCUGGAGGACUCGAGGCAGAAGUUCCGCUCCGUCCUGGUGGAGGCCACGGUGAAGCUGGAUGAACUGGUGAAGAAGAUUGGCAAAGCGGUGGAGGAGUCCAAGCCUUACUGGGAGGCACGCCGGCUGGCCAGACAGGCGCAGCUAGAGGCGCAGAAGGCCACGCAGGACUUCCAGAGAUCCACCGAGGUUCUGCGGGCGGCGAAGGAGACCAUCUCGCUGGCGGAGCAGCGCCUCCUGGAGGAGGACAACCGACAGUUUGACUCGGCCUGGCAGGAGAUGCUGAACCACGCCACGCAGCGGGUGCUGGAGGCGGAGCUCACAAAGACGAGGAGCGAGCUGCUGCACAAGGAGACGGCGGCAAAAUACACGGCGGCCAUCGGUCGCAUGAAGCAGCUGGAGAAGAAACUCAAACGCACCAUCAACAAGUCCAAGCCCUACUUUGAGAUGAAGGCCAAGUACUAUCUCCAGCUGGAGAACCUGAAGAAGAACGUGGACGAGCGACAGGCCAAGCUGUCUCAGGCCAAAGGCGAGUACAAGACGGCCCUGAGGAACCUGGAGAAGAUCUCCGACGAGAUCCACGAGCGGCGGCGGAGCUGCGCCAUGGGCCCGAGGGGGCGGGGCGUGGGCGCCGAGGGCGACAGCGUUACCGGGGACGACAUCUCCAGCUUCAAGAUGGAGUCUGAUGGAAUCUCCAUGGCGUCUGUGUGUUUCGAUGAUGACCCGUGUGGCGGCGGCGGCAGCAUCAUGUCUGAAGAAGACUCUGAGACUCAGUCCACCUGCAGCCUGGGGUCGACUCCCAGCAGCCCACAGGACCUCAUGUCGCCCUGCCCCUUCGCCAGCUCCUCCUCUUCCUCGUGCACCUCCUCCUCCUCCUCCUCUGACUCCCCAUCGCCGACGCCCUCCUCCUCGUCCUCCUCCUCCUCCCCGGCUCCUCCCUCCAGGCCCAGCAGUCUGGACCUCCCCAGCACCGUGUCGCUGUCGGACUUCAGCCUCAUCUCUCCGGUGCUCGGGCCGCGGAGCGAGUGCAGCGGAGCGUCGUCGCCCGAGUGCGACUCGGAGAGAGGUGACCGUGCAGAAGGCGCCGAGGGGGAACUGGACAACGCGCCCGUCUCCAACAACAACAACAGCAGCAGCAUCAGUUCGCUUCCCGCCACCAGGAAACCCUUCAGCCUGGAAACACGCUUCAGCUUCCUGAACCUGCGGCGCCCUCGCCCCGACAGCACCAAGAAAACAGACGGCUGCUCCCAGAAGGUCGAGCCGUCUGGGUUCAAGGUCAAAUGAGUCUGACGGACAAAGAGAACUCGUCAGCCUCGACUGAUUCUGAGCGAACGAUAAACGAUAACGAGCCGGAACUCCUCCGUGUUGGGAAUGUGUCGGCGAUGGACUAAAGAUUAUUGUUUGUGUUAUUUUGUCACCAAGCGGCUGAAGUGCUGCGUGCGCACGGACCUGAGGAUCACAGGUUGGUGUUCGAUGGCUGUUCCACCACAGAGGAGACGUUCUGCUGGGUUCUGCAGAACGUGGAGAUGUUCAAUAAACACGUUGGACUGUUAAUACUCAUGUGAUCUGUCGUAUCGUCCUGAAGUUUGUGUGUGAGUUGUUCAGGCUUUGCCGUCGUGAUCCUUCAAAUGUUAAAGCUUCUCGGCUGCAGAUGAGAGUAUAAAUACACAUGAAUGUGAUUAACGUUUACUUCAAGUCGCUCGACUCAGCACUGACGAGCAGUAAAAACACGAUAUGAGAUCUGAUCUGAGUCGAAAACAAAAAAUUCUCCUGUGAACACACUUUUAUUAACAGAUAAUCAGUCACAGCAACAUCGGCUGUGAUAUAAGUUAAUGUUAAAAUUGGUUAAAUUGAAUUCAUAUUUAAUUUAAUGUUCUGUUUCUAAAUGCUGACUCGUGGGACUUCAAAGUAAAGUGUUACCUGUUGUGAAUAAGCUGAAAACAUGUGCUGCUUCCUCUCGGCUUUAAAGCGACGACAUGUGACUUCUGUGUCUCUUACAAAAGAAAAGUUGAAUUCAUAAUAAAUAAAACCGCAUCUUAUUUAAAUCAAUAACCUCUGCAGCAGCGUCACUGGGUCUUUGGCUGAACUUUGCUCGUGUGCGUUGUUGACGUGUUGCUGUGUAACUUCUGAAAGACGACAUGUAACAUUUCUUCUUUUUACGAAUGAAAAGUUAAAUUAAUAAAAAAUAAAACACUC